AUGUCAUCCACGCCCCUUCCCAAGGCCGGCGUGCUGGUACCUUUGUAUAUCUAUCCAUUGACACCCAAUAGCUGGGAUCCACUUUAUGACGCAAUUGAGACCCAUCCCGAUCUGGAAUUUCUGGUGAUUAUCAACCCCAACAGUGGUCCUGGCGAUUUGCCAUCCCCUGAUCCGAAUUAUGCACGCGAGGUGGCCCGUCUGAAUAGGUAUCCGAAUGUUUACCUCAUCGGCUACAUCCGUAUCGAUUAUUGCCGAAAGCCUCUCUCCGACACCUUCGCAGAGAUUGAUCGCUAUGCGCACUGGGCGAUUGACGAGCGCCCAGGGCUGGGACUAGGGGGAAUUAUGGUGGAUGAGACACCCAACCAUCAUAGCGUCGAGCGAGCCGAGUAUUUGCAAAAGCUGCACGAGUAUGUGAAAUCGGUGGAGGGCAUCCUUCGGGAUCGAUUGGUUGUCCACAAUCCGGGCACGCCGCCUGAUCCCAAAUUGGCCGACCCGAGCCCGGAUCUCAUCCUCGUUUGCGAAGAGCCCUAUCCUCGCUACUGCUCCGACGAGGUGCAGCACCACCUGGCGCGCUUCGACUAUUCCCGCCUCCAAUGUGGCUACAUGAUUAGUGAGGUGCCGCGCGACGAGGUGCGGGCCCUGGUGCAGAAUCUGCGCCAUCGUGCUGCCUACAUCUUCGUCACCGAGAUCGCGGGUGAUUUUUACGAGCGCUUUGGGCCCCAGAGUUGGGGAAUGAUGAUGGAGGCCCUGCAGUUGGCUGAGUAG